UCACGCGCUCCCCUCCCCCUUCCGCCCUGCUGCCUUGUCACCCGCUGAGGAAGCCCAGCGGGACCAUGGCUGGCCAGCAGGACAAGGCUGCCUUAAUUAGCGAAACCAGACGGCGCUUUGAGACUGAAUAUCUGCCAGAUAAAUCAGAUAAAUAUGAUUCCAGAGAUGUGGAAAGAUUGCAGCAAGAUGAUAAUUGGAUUGAAAAUUAUUUAAUUUGGCGUCAUGAUGUUGUGGAUGAUACACUGAAGAUGAUUGAUGACAGCUUUCAGUGGCGGAAAGAAUACAUGGUCAAUGAUUUGUCUGAAUCUGCCCUCCCAAAAUGGUUAUUUGAAAAUGGUGCUCUUUACCUGCAUGGAUAUGAUAAAGAGGGCUACAAGUUAUUCUGGUUCAGGGUGAAGUUUCAUACAAAAGAUCCUAAACUGCAGUUUGAAAAAAAGAAGUUUGUAGCCUUUUGGUUAGAGCAUUAUGCCAGGAGAGAGCAUGGGAAGCCUUUAACAGUGGUGUUUGACAUGGCUGAAACUGGACUCAGUCACAUAGACUUGGACUUCAUUCGGUUCAUCAUCAACUGUUUUAAAGUGUAUUAUCCUAAUUACCUCUCAAAGAUAGUGAUCUUUGAAAUGCCAUGGAUAAUGAAUGCUGCUUUUAAAAUUGUGAAGGGUUGGCUUGGUCCAGAUGCGAUAAGCAUGUUGAAGUUUACAAACAAGAAUGAAGUGCAGGAAUACAUCAGUGUAGAGUAUCUGCCUGCCUACAUGGGUGGAAUUGAUACUUUCAAGUACAGUUACCCUCCAUUGGUUGAUGAUGAUUUUCAAACUCCAUUAUGUGAAAAUGGACCUAUUACUACUGAAGAUGAAACUGAAAGUAAAGAGGAGGUGGAAGCAGACAGCAAGGAGGCUGGAGAAUUCAGUGAAGAGCAAAUUCUCAAUGCGAAAAAGGUAUGUUCUGUAGAACAAAUUUCCAAACCAGAAGAGAAUGACAAAACAGAUUCCAAAACAAAAAAUGCAAAGAAAGCGUUAACCAUUUUUAAAGGACCGUUAUUACAUAUAAGUCCAUCAGAAGAGCUGUUUUUUGGAUCCAAAGAAAUUGGAGAGAAAAAAUGCUUGAUAGUUCUGACAAAUGUGACUAAAAAUGUAGUGGCCUUUAAGGUGAGAACAACUGCUCCUGACAAGUAUAGAGUUAAACCAAGUAAUAGUAGUUGUGAACCUGGUACAUCAAUAGACAUAGUAGUAUCCCUCCAUGGUGGUUUUGCCGCUUCCCUGCAGGACCGUUUCCUGAUAAUGGCAGCAGAAAUGGACCAGGCUUCUGGGGCAGGUGUACCAGAAUUAGCUCAGUUUUGGAAAGAAGUCCCUAGAAACAAAGUGAUGGAACAUAGGUUAAGAUGUCAUGUUGUAGAAAGUAGCAAGCCUUCUACUCUGACAUUAAAAGAGAAUUCAUUUAAUAUUCCUACAAAAACCAAUGAAGAUUUACACUUACAGCUAACUCAAUUAUUACAGGUUAAUAGAAGACUUCAAGAGCAGAUUGAUCGCUGUGUCUGGUUCCAGCAGCUAAUAGUUGUAUUAGCAUUGUUCUUAGUUGCUAUUGCUGCCUUUUGCUUCUACGUGUUGUACACUCAGAGAUGCUAAACAGCAAUGCUUUGCACUACCCCUGCUGGCUGUGUUAAUCGGUUUGAAAGGAGAGAGAAUCCAAUGCUGCUCCAUUAAACCCUGAAACUACCAAAAACGAGAGAGGUCUGUGCUGUAAAGUACAACGUUGAGUCAUACUAUUUGCUGUUAAAAGAAGAAACGAAAGACCAACAAGAGUUCAGAAAUUUACUGAAACUGUCUUGACACAGUGCAGAAAAAAGAUAUUAAAAGAGCUAGGAGCUAUGUUCACUGGACAAGUUAUUGAAUAUUACCAAACAGAAAAGAUGAGUAAAUGUAACAAUAUACCGUAACUUUAAAACUGCAUAGAAUAUAUUAUUUUUCUCUUUUUGGUUGAAGUACUUUGAAUGUCACCUUUUUAGUUUCAUUCAUUCUCAUGCAUACAGGAUAUACUAAAAGGUGCAAGCAGGCUGCUUACAUUUAUUUAAAAAAAUAACUUUUUUUUUUUUACAGAAUUAAAAUUGUUAUAUAGUACAGGUUAGAUUUUUCUUACAUGAUAUGUGUGUAUGUACAUAGUGUAUAUGAAAAUAGGGAGACAUAUAGUACACAGUAGUUAAAUGGUGAUUCUUUUUGAAAUUCAGGAACAGCAUUCUUAUCAUGGUUAAAUCUUUAUUUUUUGUUUUUUUCUGAAUGUAAAACUAUUGUAUAAAUAUUUCAUGCCAAAUAGUAUACACAGUACAUCAGUUUGUAGCCAUAUUCCCCAGAAAAAAUGCCUGUCAUAAUUCCGAAGAAAUUUGAUAAAAAUACUUCUGUUGAGAUGCUGUCCUAAUUAAUUAUAGAUAUUUUGUUUUAUUAAAUUUUCCUACUCUGUUUACUAAUUUCACAUUGUUGUGGAAGGAACUCUUUAUACGAACUUCAAAGCAACAGGCUGUUAAGUAGGUCAGCAAUAGUCAACUGCAUGAUUCAUAUAAAAGCUAAAAAUCAAUGUAAGUAACAUUUCUGAGCGAUGUGCAAUCUUUCAAUCAUGCAUGAAUAUUUGGAGGAAACAAGCCAGAUCAGGAAAAGAUUGAGUAUAUUAGCUAGACUAUGAAAAAUAUAGUAUCUGCUGCUUCUUUGAAAGCAUUUUAGGAAUGGUAUAUAAAACGAGUGAGAAUUUAUUCUAGCAAAGAUUCUUUGUACUCAUUUCUGUAAAUAUUUAUAUUGAAAUGAUCUAAAAAUUAAAAGCCUAAAAGGAGACAUGGUAUCUUUCAUAAAUUAAGGGUCUCUCUCCGCCCCCCCCCCCUUUUUUUUUUGACUGACCAUUUAUAAUAAAUGCUUGAAACUUAAAACUGAAAUCUAGUUCUUGUUUUCACCACAAAUUGGCUUGUCCGGAUAAGUCUCUUUAUUAGUGCUGGGCCGAUGGCUUUGAUUUUUUUUAAUCAAUUAGAAAAGAUCAUUGCAGAGUUAAUGUUAUAUUUUGAAUGUACUGUUCCCCCUCCCAAAAAAAAAAUUUAAGGGGGGAGAAAACAGGACAAACUGGGUGUCAGUGUCUCUUUAAUAAUUAUAGGUGUGGCAUCAUUGACAUAAAGUAAAAGAAAAUUGUUUAAAAAAAUGUGAUCAGUAGUUUAUUCUACAAAAUUAGAUAGUGAACUAAUAGACUAAUUCUGAUUAAGCAGAAUAUCAAUCCAAUAAGGUUACUGAAAAUUUACUAUAGAAAUGGAAAGCUUUUGCAGAAAUACCUUUGUACUUGGUGAGCUAUACUGAAUUAACUCAUACUUCACGUUACUUUAUCACAAUGUUCUCUUUAUUUUUUCAUUAUUCUGGGUUUUGUUCAGCUUGCUUUCUGCUGUUCUUUUAUUUUCUAUAAUAUUUAAUACAUUCAAACAUCAGUUACCAUUAGCCAUAUUGUUUAAAUUAUUUUCCUGUACUUCAGAUUCCAAAUAUUUCACUGUCAACAAAGCAUUUAAUGGAACAUCCUCUGGAAAAAUAAUCUAGAGUUCUGGUAACAUACAGUAAUUUGUAAAUUAGAGACAAGUUUUACUAACUCUGUUUAUAAAAUGCUUUUUGCUAAUUUUGACUGGAUAUAGUAGCACUUUUUGUAAAAUUGCAAGAAAUAUAUUCUUAGAAUCUUUGCCAAUAUAAAUAUUCUAAUGCUCUGGUGCUUUCAUAUAUUUUCAGUAUUUUUAAUACAAUGUUAGUAUUUACUUUGUAUAAUUGAUCAGAUGAACAUGUUUUCUAUUUUAAUAUGUUUUAGAGGAAUAAAU